AUAGCUGCAGGAGUGACAUGUUUUAAACGUGAUAACUGAUGUGUGCUGUUGUUUUUAUUUGCUGAACAAUCAGUAUAUAUAUUUUUUACAGUAAGUUACGACUAUACAUAGUAUCGCGCUACAAAACCGAAUGUUACCGAGAAACUACAUAUUCCAGAGUUCAGUCGCUGGUACAAUUGUGUCCAUGCGCAGCAAAGGUUACAUACUUGCACGAUGAUGUGUUAAAAAGGAGUUUUUUAGCUGCGGAGGAGCAAGAAAACUGCUACCUCAUUCAUUUGAGUUGCAAAGACACUGUCUUAAAGAUACAGUAAGAAGAGCAAUUUCGUCGCUGGGAAGUUUAAUAUUUUACUCCUCGCUCUUAAUAAUUUCCAUUUGAAUAACAAACGCCAUUUUGCAGAAAAAAACCCAAAAAAACACAAGGAUUAAGAGGUCAUUUUGAAGAGCAGGAUGGCAGAUAAAUUGUUCCGAGCUGUCAUUUUGGGCCCGCCCGGCUCUGGGAAGGGGACCAUCUCUCAAAGGAUAGCCCAAUGCUUUGGCCUGCAGCAUCUGUCCAGCGGGGAUUUCUUACGAGAAAACAUCACAGCGAACACCGAGGCGGGAGUAUUGGCAAAGCGAUACAUAGAACAAGGCCUUUUGGUGCCAGAUCAUGUUAUAACACGUUUAAUGUUAACCAGACUGGAGAAAAUAACAAGACAAAGCUGGCUUCUGGAUGGUUUUCCGCGCACACUCGUGCAGGCAGAAGCUCUGAACAGCACCUGCGAUGUUGAUGUUGUGAUUAGCCUGAACGUUCCCUUUGAGACCCUGAAAGAAAGGCUGAGCACGCGCUGGGUCCACCCCACUAGUGGAAGAAUGUACAACAUGGAGUUCAACCCGCCGCACAUACACGGCAUUGAUGACGUCACUGGAGAGCCCUUAGUCCAGCAUGAAGAUGAUAAACCGGAUGUUGUUGCUGCACGGCUGAGAGAGUACAAGGGCAUUGCAAAACCAGUCAUAGAUCUAUACAAUGCACCUAAAGGGGAUGCCUUUUCUAUUCCUGAAAGUCAUACACAGGACAGCAGUGCACACUAUUCUAUAAAUGUCCUCACUCACAUCAUGUUUCUUCUCUGUGAUCAAAAUGUCACUGGCAGAAGAAGGAAGGUGUUCUACACUCCGUUUCGGGAACAGAAACCAACAAGAUCUGGCCCUACAUUUAUUCACUGCUGUGCACCAAGAUCACUCCAGUGGACCCAGAAGAGUCACAGCACUCCCCUCCUCUGUACAGCCAAUAGGGAGCAGAUACAGAUAAGGACAGGACUGUAUGUUAAAAGAAGUCUCCUACGACAGCCCAUAUCAUAGAUAAAUCCAACAUCUGUCUUGUAGAUAAACAAAUUACUAUUUUUUUGUUGAACAUCAUCACUGUUAAAUUGCCCUCUUUAAGCGUACAGCUGAAAUUGACCUGUUACAGCCUUGUUUCCUGAAAUAAUGGCAGUUUAAAAGAAACCAGUAUUUUAUGCAAUUAUGUAUUGCUGUGGAAUCUUAUAUUCCUCUUGCAUUACCUUUAGAAAAACAUACAUACAUACACACACACACAUACACAUACAUACAUGCAUACAUACAUACAUAUAUACACAUACGUUCACGCAUACAUACAUACAUACAUACAUACACACUAGCUUUCUAAGAAAUAAGAUGUUUUGCAGAAGUUCUUGUUGAAGUAACGAACAAGUGGUUAAAGUGACUUAUAUCUGCAUUUUAUUCUUUAACAAGACUUGCCAACAGUGCAGAUGCAUCUGCUAUAGCUCAGCACACAGGUACAGUGGAUAGACCAGUUCACCCUUCAGGGGUUGGAGUUACUGCAUUGUAAUGUGUUAGCUUCAUUUUCUCAAAAUCACUUGCUAGAUUUUCAUAGACCACCCUCCUAGUCAGAUGAUCCUAGGUUGUUCACUGACCUGCUUGAUACUUUGUCAACACUUUCUAGAAUUCCUUCAGAUUAAUAUUCAAACCGACUGUGAAGUGCUGAGUCACUGAGCUGCCGUUAAUGUGGCAUCGGUGUUACUAAAAAUCUCACGUGUUUCAGACAGGUUUACAGGAUAUGCAUUACAUUACCUUUGCUGUCUCCAGUGUUGUCCGUAUGGCAGCAUUAUAUUUUUGAACACACAUCAUGGGUCAUGAAUCAACUAGGGAAUACAUUUCUCAACAUUUACUCUGGAGCGUUCGCCACGAAAAAUAGGAUUGCAGUGUAUCCAUAUCACUCUCCCUCCUGCAACAAUGCCUGUUUCCUCUUCCCACAAUACACUACUCAUUUAUAUCAGAGCACCAGCUUUGUUGCAGGAGGGAGCAUGUAUGGGAUACACCGCAAUGUGUAGAAGUUAAAAAAAAAAAAUCCCUAGUUUAUUUAACUAUGAUACAGAAAACGUCAAGGAACAUGUUUCUUAUAAACACUGCAGGAUGUUCUGGAACGAUUUAAGGGGAUGUUCUAACCAAAGAAUAGAAACAAAAUGGUGGAUGGAUGUCACUAUUGAGUUGAGCUGAAGAAGUAAAUGUUUUUCACAUGCAAUAUGUUUUUGAUACCUAAAGAAAAACAGUAUAUAUGUUUAUAAAUACUAUACUAAAGGACUGUAUAACAAACGUUAGGGGAAAAAUAAAUGUCAUUUUAUUUAACUGUUUUAAUUAGACCAAGCUUAUUACUUUGACUUGACGACUUUAACUUUUCAUAGCCAUAUCUUAAUUUGUGAAUAUGGGUCCAGUUUUAUUUUAAUUUUUGUGUAUAUAUUUUAGAGUCUUUAUUUAGCAGUGUUAUGAUGUGUAAUUUAGAAGCACAGCAGGAUAGUUAAUACUGCUCAUUGGAACAAGACAAAAUGUAAACGAUUAGUAAGCAUUCUGGAAAGCAGGUCAUGUGUCAUUAUUCCUACAAAUACUCAGAAAUACUACACAUUUCUCACACAAACUCUGCUAGGUUAUUUUAAUUAUGUCUGUAACAGCGUAUCUCCUUGAUUUGAUAUCUGUAAUUGUUAGUUUAAAAUAAAACAUUGCAUACUGUUUCACAA